AUGGCACAGGCUGCGCCCCUCUUGGUGCAGGAGAAGCUCUCACUUCCAAGCAUCGGGGUGGCACAAGACUUCAUUUCGUUCAAGAAUGUGACGAUGGAGUCCGAUAAGUACAUCUGCAUCCGUGAGACAGGAGCGCAGAAUACCGUUGUUAUUGUGGAUAUGUCCAACCCGUUGUCACCGGCAAGACGGCAAAUCAGUGCGGACAGUGCGCUCAUGUGUUUGGACAAGAAGGUCAUAGCGCUAAAGGCAGUAACAGCGGGGCAGGCAGGUGACACACUUCAGGUCUUUAAUCUAGACACUAAGACGAAGUUGAAGGCCUACCAAAUGCCGGAGACUGUGGAGUUUUGGAAAUGGAUCAGCCCGACAAUGCUCGGCCUGGUAACAUCUGCCGCUGUUUACCACUGGGACGUUGAGGGGUCAUCAGACGCUCCUGUAAAGGUGUUCGAGCGCAUCCCGAACUUGGCGGGUGCACAGAUUAUCAGCUACCGGACUAGCCCAGACGGCAAGUGGGCUGUGCUCGUUGGCAUAGCACCUGGCGCCCCCGAGAGGCCGCAGCUGGCGAAGGGGCUGAUGCAGCUGUACUCCUUCGAGCAGGCAAAAAGCCAGCCGCUGGAGGCACACGCAGCUGCCUUUGCGAACGUCAAGUUUACCGGGCGCGAUGCACCCAGCCUGGUCAUUUCGUUUGCACAGAAAACGCUGAAGGACGGGCAGAUCCUGUCUAAGCUACACGUGAUUGAGCUGGGGGGAGGUGCGGCCGGGGGCCCCAUCAAGCGCAGCGCGGAGCUAUUCUUCCCCGCAGAUUUUGCAGAUGACUUCCCUGUGUCGCUUCAGAUCGGCGAGAAGUACGGUUUGGUCUAUGUGGUCUCAAAGCUCGGCUUUGUGUUUGUGUACGAUCUGGAGUCGGCGACAGCUGUGUACCGGAAUCGUAUCAGCACAGAUCCCGUCUUCUUGGCUUGCACAAGCGACGUGACGGGUGGUAUCUUCUGCGUCAACAGGCGCGGCCAGGUCCUGCUGGUGACGGUUAACGAGGGCGCUAUGGUGCCGUUCGUUAGCCAGCAGCUGAACAAUCUGGACCUGGCCAUGGCCAUGGCAAAGCGCGGAAACUUGCCUGGGGCGGAGGCACUGGUGGGCCAGCAGUUUGAGCGGUACUUCGCUGCAGGGCAAUACAAGGAAGCAGCAGAGUGUGCUGCGGAAUCGCCCCAGGGCCAGCUCCGCACUAAGGAGGUGAUGGACCGCCUGAAGUCUGCUGUGCCACCUCCAGGCCAAAAGCCCCCCAUCCUGGUGUAUCUAGGCGUGCUGCUGCAGCGUGGCAGGCUAAACGGACCGGAGAGCGGCGAGCUAGCGAGGCUUGUGCUCAGUCAGAACAAGAAGGAACUGCUGGUCAACUGGUGGGGCGAGGGCAAGCUCGAGGCAUGCGAGGAGUUGGGCGACGCUAUCAGCGCAGCCGGCGAUAAGGACUUCGCGCUGAAGGUUUACCAGCAGUGCGGCGCUGGACAGAAGGUGAUCGCGACGCUGGCUGAGAAGGGCGACAUCCAGGCCCUGAUUGCGUACACAAACGCGACGGGGCAGAAGCUGGACUACAUGUUCCUGCUCCAGAGCCUCAUGAUGAACAACCCGAACGGGGCCGUUGCCCUAGCUAAGAUGAUCGCAAAGCAGAUGCCGCCGCCUGUGGACGUCAACGUUAUGGCGGACUUGUUCCUGCAGCGCAACAUGGUUCGCGAGGCCACAGCCUUCCUGUUGGAAGCUCUUUCAGGGGACCGCCCGGAGCAGGGCCCUCUGCAGACCAAGCUGCUGGAGGUUAACCUCAUCACGAACCCACAGGUGGCGGACGCCAUUUUGGCAGGCGGGACGCUUAGCCACUACGACCGGCCCCGGAUUGCUCAGCUGUGCGAGAAGGCAGGCCUGUACAUGCGCGCGCUGCAGCAUUAUACAGACCUGUCGGAUAUUAAGCGCUGCAUCAUCAACACACAUGCCAUCGAUCCACAGGCACUGGUGGAAUUCUUUGGUACCUUGAGUAGCGAGUGGGCGCUGGAGUGCCUCAAGGAGCUGUUAGUGAGCAACAUGACGCAGAACCUGCAGCUGGUGGUCAACAUCGCUAAGGAGUACACAGAGCAGCUCACCCCAAGCAAGAUCAUCGAGCUGUUUGAGGCGUACAACUCGUACCACGGCCUGUACUUCUAUCUGGGGUCACGCAUCGCAUUUACCGAGAACUCGGAAGAGCACUUCAAGUACAUUGAGGCGGCUGCGCGGACGGGCAAUCUGAAGGAGGUGGAGCGGGUAACCCGCGAGUCUUCCUUUUACCCGCCGGAUAAGGUUAAGGCUUUCCUCAUGGAGGCGAAGCUGCCGGAUGCCCGGCCACUCAUCAACGUGUGCGACCGUUUCGACCUGGUGGAGGACCUCACGCAGUACCUGUUUGCAAACAACAUGCUCCGCUACAUUGAGGGCUACGUCCAGAAAGUGAACCCCAGUAAGACGCCGGCUGUGGUGGGCGCGCUGCUAGACUGCGAGGCGCCCGACGAGUUCAUCAACAACCUGAUUUUGUCAGUGCGCUCGCUGCUGCCUGUGGAUGGGCUGGUGGAAGCCGUAGAGCGCCGCAACCGCCUGAAGCUGCUGACACCUUUCUUGGAGCACCUCAUUAGCGAGGGGAGCCAGGACCCACACGUGCACAAUGCGCUUGGCAAGAUUAUCAUCGAUACGAACAACAACCCGGAGCACUUCCUCACCACCAACCCGUUCUACGACUCGCUGGUGGUGGGCAAGUACGCUGAGAAGCGCGACCCCAACCUUGCAGUUAUUGCUUACAAGCGCGGCACCUGCGACGACGCGCUCAUCGAGUGCACUUCAAAGAAUGCGCUCUUUAAGCCACAGGCCAGGUACAUCGUGGAGCGGGCGGACCCGGCUUUGUGGGCCAAGGUGCUCGAUGAGUCCAACCCGCACCGUGCUUCGCUGGUUGAACAGGUGGUGGGCACCGCUCUUCCAGAGAGCCGAAACCCGGAACAGGUCAGCGUCACCGUCAAGGCGUUCAUGGCACAAGGCCUCCAGGCGGAGCUCAUCGAGCUUCUUGAGAAAAUUGUGCUACAGAACAGCGCCUUCUCUAACAAUGCAAACCUGCAGAACCUGCUCAUCCUCACCGCCAUUAAAUCCGAGAAGUCGCGUGUCAAGGGCUACAUCUACCGCUUGGACAACUUCGAUGGCCCCGCCGUGGCGGAGAAAGCCAUUGAGCACGGGCUGGCGGAGGAGGCGUUCGAGAUUUACAAGAAGUUCAACAAGCGUGUGGAGGCCAUCAAGGUCAUCAUCGAUCAAAUUAAGGAUAUUAGCCGCGCAUCGGAGUGGGCCGCUAAGUGCGAUGAGGCGCCUGUUUGGAGCGAGCUGGCGCAUGCGCAGCUGGCGGCGGGUAUGGUUUCCGAGGCGAUUGCAUCGUACCUCAAAGCCAACGACUCCACCAAGUACGUGGCUGUAACCGAGGCCGCCAAGUCGGCCGGCUGCUUUGACGACCUAGUCAAGUACCUGCUCAUGGUCCGCAAGAAGGUCAAGGAGGCAAAGGUGGACACAGAGCUCGUGUACGCGUACGCUAAGACCAACAACAUGGCGGCGCUGGAGGAGUUCAUUUCUUCUACACACCAGGCAAACUUGCAGGCUUGCGGUGACCGGUGCUACGACGAAGGCCUUUUCGAGGCGGCGCGUGUGCUGUUUGCCCACCUGCCUAACUACGGCCGUCUGGCUUCCACUCUCGUGCGGCUGCGGCAGUUCCAGCAGGCGGUGGAAGCGGCGCGGAAGGCGAAUAGCCCGAAGACCUGGAAGGAGGUCUGCUACGCUUGCGUGGACGAGAAGGAGUUCCGCUUGGCGCAGCUUUGCGGUCUGGCCAUAAUUGUCAAUGCGGACGAGCUGGACGAGGUAUCCGAGUACUACCAGCGCAAGGGCCACUUCGAUGAUCUCAUCGCCCUCAUGGAGAGUGGCAUUGGGCUUGAACGUGCACACAUGGGCAUCUUUACGGAGCUUGGCAUUCUGUACGCGCGGUACAGGCCUGAGAAGCUGAUGGAGCAUCUGAAGCUGUUCGGGAACCGGCUCAACAUUCCAAGGCUCAUCCGUGUCUGCGACGAGCAGCAGCAUUGGAAGGAGCUCACGCUACUCUACAUUUCAUACGAUGAAUACGACAAUGCGGCACUCUGCAUGAUUAACCACUCGCCAGCGGCUUGGGAGCACGUGCAAUUCAAGGAUGUCGCGGUCAAGGUGUCGUCCACGGAAACGCAUUAUCGUGGUCUGGCGUUUUACCUGGACGAGCACCCCGACCUGCUGUGCGACCUGCUGGGCGUGCUGCAGUCGCGCCUGGACCACGGUCGUGUGGUGGAUAUGAUGCGCCGUGCCAAUCAGCUGCCUCUCAUCAAAGACUACCUGCUGGGCGUACAGAAAGCCAACCACGCUGAGGUUAACGAGGCCAUCAACGGGCUGCUUAUUGAAGAGGAGGACUUCGAGGGGCUCAAGCACUCCAUUUCGACGUACGACAACUUCGACCAGUUGGGUCUUGCGACUCGCCUCGAAAAGCACGAGCUCAUCGAGUUCAGGCGGUUGGCAGCUAUGGUGUACAAGCAAAACGGCAAGUGGCGACGCGCUGUCGAGCUGGCCAAGGCGGAUGGUCUUUUCCGGGAUGCAAUGGAGACCACGGCACAGAGUGGCGAAGGCGAGCUUGCUGACGAGCUGCUUCGAUACUUCAUUGACAAAGGGGAGAAGGAGUGCUUCGCGGCGUGCCUGUACACGUGCUACGACCUGCUGCGGCCCGAUGUCGUGCUGGAGCUAUCGUGGAUUAAUGGACUCACUGACUACUCGAUGCCGUACAUGAUUCAGAUGCUCAAGGAGUACGUUGGCAAGGUGGAUCUCCUCAUGAGCGAGCGCAAAGAGCAGCAGAAAGAAAAGGAGGAGGCGCAGCAGGCGCAACGCCACCAGGAGGCCCAGCGAAAUGCGUAUGCAACGCUCAUGCCGCUGGCCUUGCCAGCCCCCAACAUGGUCGGUCCGGGCGGGCCAGGCGGGGGCUACGGCGAUCCUCACGGCGCGGCAGCGGGACCCACCGGGGGCUUCGGUGCACCGCAUGCGCCGUUUGGGACGCCCCCGCAUAUGGGAGGUGGUUUUGGGGGCCCUGCAUACGGGCAAUACUAAGUAGUGCGCGCCAGAUGUGCCGUAUAACUGCAACUGUGUGUGUAUGUCGCUAUGUUUUUGACUGACAAGUAUGCAUCGUGGAGGGGCACUUUGAUUCGACGGGGCUUGCUUGAAGUUUUGCACAUUCACAUUGAUACAUCCCUUUCCGGGCGCGUGUGAGAGAAACUCGUGUAUAGAGCUGCUUGAACCUUUUCGCGUAUUGUUCAGCACGGCUGUGUAGCUCCACCGGCGCCGUUGUAAAGAAAGAUGCAUUUUGGUAUGCUCUAGGGAUGUUUGGGGGGUGAGGUGCAGUUGUGUGGACGAGCCUUGAUAUGCUGUAUGAAGCAAAUUGCUUCAUUUGCACCGAGCCCGGCCGCGUAAAAGCCGGACGUGUAAAAGCAAAUUACUU